CCCUGUUCCCAAUCAGCUAAUUGGGAUCCCCUAUAAUGCCGUCCAAUCACAUGUUGUAUAAACCCGAUCGGGCGCGCCUGCCUCCGGUUUCACUCUAUGGCUCUAGGAUGGAGGGCUGCCCGUCCACCUUCCCUCCACCCUACGGCGUGCCGUGCGCCCCCGCUGCGGCCCCGGGGGGCGUCUGCUGGGCCAAGCGGGACCAGGCGCGCUUCGUGACGCCGCACGGCGUCAACUACCUGGAGCUGUGCAAGGCCAUCUUGGCCCAGGCGGGGCCGGCCAGCGGCACUCGGACCCGCGAGUGCGGCGUGCAGGUGAACGCCAAAGUGGACAAGACGGUGCAGUGCUCCCUGGGGCCCAAGACGCUCCUGGACCAGGGGGAGGGCGACCACCUCCAGCCCGAGGAGGAGGGCGAGGUCGGAGUUAAGGCGCCCAGCACGCCCCCUCUCGUGAGCCAGUUGCGCUUUUCCAUCUACUCACCGGUGUUCGAGCACCGAUUUCCGGCCAAGCUCGGUGACAGAAAGUCGGAGUCACGUGACGAGGAGGAAGACGAGAAGGACGAAGACCACAAGACCCCCGUCCAUCGUCCCAACAGGGGCUCCAACUUACAGUUUCUGGAGCAGAGGUACGGCUUCUUCCACUGCAAGAAAUGUAACAUCCGGUGGGAGAGUGCUUACGUGUGGUGCAUCUCGGGAACCAACAAGGUGUACUACAAGCAGCUCUGCCGGAAGUGUCAGGUGGGCUUCAACCCCUACAGAGUGGAGUCCAUCGUAUGCAAGAACAAAUGCUACACUUCUUCUUGGCGUCGUUGUGCAGGGCUGCUCUGAGACGUGCUGCAGCUGCGAGAGGAAGCAGAGGCACAUCAACAUGACCAGGCCUCACCGCCAGGAUCUGUGUUGCCGCUGCCGGGGCAUGAAGCUCUCCUGCGACGCCACCUACAGCUUCAAGUACAUAGUUUGAUUUUGUGAUGAUGUCGUUGCCACCCCCCACCCUGUUAUUUUUGUAAGGAAUAAACUAAGUGCAUCCCAA